AUGGCCCGCCCCUUAGCGGCCCUCGCCGCCGCGGUGCUCCUUGCUCUGGCCGGCCUGGCCGCGGGCAGGAUCACGCACCGGGCGAUCGCCCACGACCCCAGGCCGCUGAUCAUCGUGGAGAUGCCCUUCGGCUUCGGCGCCGGCGGCAGGGUGGAGGUGCAGGUCCGCGACGCCGCGGUGCACGUGUCGCUGGGCAACCUGGGCGGCCUGGGGCCCGAGCUCCUGGGGCGGCUGGGGCUGUUCAUCGCGCCGGCCCGGGAGGACACGGUGAUGGCCGAGCAGUACGGGGACGAGUGCCCCCUGGACCGGAUGGACAGCAGGGUGCUGGUGCUGUUCAACCACACGGGAAUCCAGGAGCAGGUGAACUCGUCUCGCGGCACGCCAGAGGCAGGGGCGUCCGGCGACUUGGUGGUCAGUGCAGGGGUGACACCCAGCUUGCCAGGCCAGUACGCACUGUACUACGCCAAUUGCAACAAGCUGGGCUUGUUGCAGGUGUCCUUCACAGCCAGGAUCGAGGAGUACAACCAGGUCGCGGGUGGCAGAAAGGACUACUUGUCUGUAGGGGAAACGGAGUUGCCGUCACUGUAUACGGGCAUGUUCCUGGUGUUCUCCCUUAUGGCUGCAGCCUGGGCCUACCUGUGCUGGAAGGAGCGCCACAAUGUGCACAACAUCCAUUACCUCAUGAUGGUCCUCAUUGUCUUCCGGGCGCUGACCUACCUCGCUGAAGCCGGCAUGCAACACUACAUCCGUGCCACUGGGGACCCUUCUGGAUGGAACAUAGCCUACUACAUCUUCACCUUCUUCCGGGGAAUAAUGUUCUUCACUGUGCUGGUGCUCAUUGGCACAGGCUGGUCAUAUGUGAAGCCGUUUGUUGGGGAGAAGGAGAAGAAAAUCCUUGUGGUGGUCAUACCCCUGCAGGUCUUUGCCAACAUCGCCAUAAUCGUCCUGGACGAAGCAUCCCCGGUUCGAGAGUCCUGGUUCGAGUGGAAAGACAUGUUCCGCUUGGUGGACAUCGUCUGCUGCUGCGCGAUCCUCUUCCCCAUCGUCUGGUCGAUCAAGCACCUGAGGGAGGGGGCCGAGUCAGACGGCAAGGCAGCCGUCAACAUGGAGAAGCUGACCCUGUUCCGUCAGUUCUACGUUCUCGUGGUGGUUUACAUCUACUUCACACGGAUUAUAGUGUACUUGCUGCAAACCACACUGUCGUUUGAACAGAGCUGGAUGAGCAACGCCGCAGAGGAACUCGCAACCCUCACGUUCUACCUGCUUGUGGGAAUUAAGUUCCGACCGCACAGCGAGAAUAGGUAUUUCAGGCUUGCAUCGGAUGCCGCAGUGUGA